UCAGCAACCCGAAAAAUUCCAGUCUCUGAACGAGAUACCGAAUUCCAGUAAAAAGUAUGUCUCGAGCUAGUGUGUCGUCUGCAAGACCACUUUCUCUUACGGAAGAGCUUGAGAAGCUAGAGCAAUCUAUCACUUUGACUCUCCAAGAAAUUGAUCACAACUUUAGUCGAGCACAUCGCAUCGUUACUACAAGUAUCCUACCGGUCGUUGAACAAUAUGCCAACCAUUCAAAUGCGGUUUGGGAAGGGUCAAAGUUUUGGAAACAAUUUUUUGAAGCCAGUGCCAAUGUCUCAUUAUUACAAGUAGAGCAACAGGAGGAGGAGGAGGAUGUCUCAUAUGCCCAGUCCCACGAAGAACCAAGCCAAUAUACUGCAUCGCACGUUGAUGAUGAAACUGUCCGAACGGAAGAUGAUGGACAUCAUUCUUAUGAUCAGGAUGAUUCAAUGUUAGAAGAUAAUGACAUAAGUGGUAGCACACCUCGAGCUCCUCCUCCCAGAAAGGAUAAAGAAGCACAAUUUGCAGACUUCUCAUCACCAUACGAGGACUUGAGGAGGGAACUUAAAGGAGCGACAUUACAGGAUGAUGAAGAUGACACACAACUACCAAGUACACCUGGAGCAAAGCAAAGGGCGCCGGAUAUGUCAAUGUUACCAGACUCAUCCCCAUUUGACCCAGCCUCAUAUCGAAUGGACCCGACUUUAUAUGAUUUACCAUCAAAUGCUCAAACUUACAUACCAUCAACGGCUCAAAAGUCAAAAGAUCCUCAAUACCUUAAAAUGCUAGAGAAGAAUUAUCGAAUCCAAGCUACACCACUUACAAAUCGGAAAGAAAAGAAAACACCUGCCAACAAACCCUCAUGGCGAGAUAACCAUUCACCAUUGUCUUCACCGCCAGCUGCAGCACCUCAAUUACACGCUGAUAUAUUCAGCUCGCCGGUUAGACAACCAUAUAGACAAAAUGCACCGCGCACUCCCGGUGUAAGCGUUCAAACCCCCGCGAAAGGCAAGUCAAAGGAUAUCUUUGCCAGAUCUGUGAAGAAAGAGAAAGAUGAGAUUACAUGGGAAAGCGAUAGUGAUGAAGAUGCGGAGGAUAUCUACAAGGAACUUGGAAUGAGUCCUCCAAAGACCAUUCAAUUUUCCCUACCGCAAUCAAGAUUAUUACAGACUCCUGCACGAGAAGCAAGUAAAAGAAUUGUUGAAGAUCUUCUGACCACCGCAGGAGCUGGAUUUGACAAUACCGACGAACUGGACAAUAGUCCAAGUAUAGUUGCGAUGAAAGAUGAUUUUGAUGAUAGUUUUUGAGAAACUUAAAUUUAUUUAUUAAAAGCCUAACGAGAUAUGAAAAUCAAGAAGUCAAUUUCCAACACUAAACUAGAGCUACCAAAACGCCGUUUCCCAAGAAAAUCCGCUCUCAGUCAGAAUAGAAUUGUUUCAUAAGUAUCUGGCUUUGAUCCAGACACUGCCAGUAUGCGACCAAUGAUUCAAAACAAACUCCACCGAACCCCAUACCGAAAGAUAUAUAAUGUCGCAGCAAUAUCGUAGAAUCCCCAAAUUCCAAGGAUCUGCGGUAACAACACCAUUCAAAUAAACAUACGAAUUGAACGCUGGCUAUGAUUACUUCAUAGCCAUGAUCAUGUAUGUCUCCGUGAGUGAUUGUCUCGCUACCAAUCCAAUCAAGUCAGCCUCCUCCUACCCUUUCAUUCAUGUCUAUCACAUCAGACUUUGGGGUCGAACGUACGUGUCUUCUCACUUGGCGUCGAGGGAUCGAUCAAGGUUUUCUCGUUCGACUUGGCUGCUUCCCUCUUCGAAUGCUCCUUAUGCGAGAACUUCGCUUUGAGUGUACUAAGCGGAUGCUUCAAAAAAGAAAUGGUGGAAGUGGUGCUGUAGAGUGAAGAGGUAUCGUUUGCGGGAGUGUAUGUGGUAGUGGUAUCCAUUGAAUCUUUUGGAGAGGAGGAAGAUGUAGCAGUAUAGGAUCUAGAGGUGGAGUAGGAGACGGGUGUUGCUUUUGGGGAUUUGGGAGAGGAGGGAUGGAAGAGCGUUGGGGGCUUUUCGUUUGGAAAACCUGGGCUGGGUAGGCGGGGAAUCCGGCAGGCAUUUUUAUAAAUGUACUGUUGAUGAUGUUUGAGAUGUUGGUGAUGGUAGAAUUGUGACUUUGAAAAAUGAAUUUGAUGUUGAGAUAGUUGUGUUACUUUUAUGUGAAUUAAUAUCUUCUUAUAUCUGAUUGAUGAUGAUGAUGAUGAUGAUGAUGAUGAUGAUGAUGAUGAUG